ACAAUUAUUGUCACAUUGUGAGAUUUGUCAAUAUGGUUUACCGGUGAUGGUUCACUAAAAUUCGUAAAUCGGGAAACAAUAACAGUUUAUUGCUACGUUUUUAUAGAAAAUGGAAGGCAAGGAUUUAAAUGUGUCUACACAGUUUGGAAGUAAUUGUGAGCAGGUAGAAAACCGAAUCGGUGAAGAUAAUGAAAUGGCCAGUUCACGAGAAAUUGUUUCACACGACUUGAACUCUUCAACACCAGAACCUCCGAAUUCUUUCAAUGACGCAUCCAACAUAUCCUUGCCAACAAACAAUAACGUUCCUAGUGUCUCUUUAUCUCGAUCAAUACAGACGCGCAUCGCGUCCGAUUCCCCUAAUACCUCCACGACAAAAACAAGAAUCAAUCAACCUCAAUCGCUAUUCAUACAAGCUUUAACAAAACUAAAUGAAGAUUCUGUAAAAUUUACAGUUAUAAAUAUUAUUAAAACGCAACAGGAAAUGGCAAAGAUGGCGCUAAAUGACGAUCAGCACACUUUGAGCGCGCCAGAUUCGUUAAUGAGUGCACCGCCCUCGUAUUCAUUUGUUUUGAGGCAGAUAGCAGCCAGACCUAGAACAAGGUUUAUGGGAACAUUCAUCCCUUCGCCUUCUUUUAUUCAACAUACGCCACCUCCGAACUAUGCAUCCGCAUUUGAUGUUUAUGUAGACAAUCCAAUGCCGAGGCCAUCAAGGAUAUACAAUUUCGGAUUCAGUCCUAUGUUCGUCUCGUGUCCUGAAUGCGGUUAUACUGGAAUGAGCAUCGCUAUAAGUCAGAUAACAAUGAGUACGCACAUGUGUGCAUUCAUUUUAUGUCUAUUCUGUUGCUGGAUCUGUGUACCUCUACCGUAUGUGAUGCGGUCAUGUAAGCACGUAAAUCAUUUUUGUGCGAACUGUCGUCAUCAUUUGGGUAGAUACUGUCCUACUAAUCCUGAAUCUUGUACUCAUUCAUAAUCCGCCAUAAUUACAUAAUAUGAGAAUGAUGAAAUCGCUCAAAUUACAUAUUGUAGAUUAUAUUUCUAGGUAAGCGAGAAAUCUAGUGAAUUAAAUUUCGUUUUUUACUUUCAACGUGUCCAAAUUACCUUUUGCCUUAAAAAUAACAGUUUCACAAUAACGUAAUGAGGCAAAUAGUUAACAUAACCUUAUUAAAUAUGACGACAUCAGCGUCCGGUGUUUGUAAUGUAGAUGUAUUUAACUGCGGUCAUAGUAGUCAUAGCACAGCAAAACAAUCUAACAAAAUGUAAUAAACUUUUACAAAAUUAAUUAAAACUUGUGACCUCGCCCAGGCUUGCUUACAAAAGGAUUGAAUCAGCAAAGCCAAAGUUGAAUUAAUGGUGGCGACAAGAAAACGUCUAAGCUUAGAAUAAAACUUGUAGUAGCUUUUACCUUUUCACUUUACACCUGAUAUCUGUGCAAUAUUUUACGAAAUAUGUAUUUAAUGAACCAAAAUAAACAUAUUGAUGGACCACUAAAUUAAAA